AAGACUCCCGGUCCAGGAAAACAAAUGCAACCCCGUAAGCGCAUCAACCAGCGGCGAGUCUCGGAAGCGGCUCCGGGAACCCUUCAGAACGGCACGAAUGGCCACCAAGCUCCCGUUAACGGGAUGGACGCCGACGACAUCCCCAAGUUUAAGGGCUACCGCAUCAUCGAAAUCGAUCACUUCCUGCAGUGGUCCGCGUACUCCCAGUUUAUGCACUCCAAGCACUGCCCCGGCGGAUUGCUGAAACCAUACCAGGAGUACGUAAGCGGCUGCUACUCCACCUUCGCCAUGAAAUGCAGCAAGUGUUCGGCCAUCAUCACGCGCUCCUCGGAGAACUACAUCCACCACAACAAGCUGAUGAACCGACUGGUCAAGGGCUCCGUCCAGAUGGGCAAGGACUACGACGAAAUGUCCAACUUUAUGGAGUCGCUCGAGAUCCCGUUCGUCACCAAGGACGAGUUCAGCUCGAUCAAGUCCCAGAUGCAGCUCAACUCCUCCCUGGACGAUCAGUCCUCGCUGCAGAAGGCCGUCGAAGAGCUGGAGCGCGCGUCGGUGGCGUCCAAACGGAAGCGGCACGGCAGCUGCAAGUACCACUACGAAGUGCUCAAGGUCUACCUGAACAAAAGAUGCGCAAAAUCGAAGAGAACCUGCAGCUUUCGGUCAACGACUCGGUAGCGCUGGCCGUCAACGCGCACCUCAAAAACGUCUCCCACGUCCAGCUUGCCCCAACCAGUCCAAACAACGCCACCGCCGGAACGAGCGGCACCACGUCCAUCGCCAGCCAA